CAGUUUGCACUAUAACAAACUCUUCUCUGCAUCCAUAAUUAAAUUCCCUUUCAAAUGACCACCGAAGAACCCAUCAUCGCCGUUGAACCCGUGUCCGAACCAGCAACCGCCGAACCUCCGGACUUGGAGGAAGUUGAUGAACCAAAGGCCGAAGCUGAGAAGAUGAAGAAAGUCAAGGAAACCGAACCUAAGAAAGAUUCCAAACCACGAAACCUUGCUUCGCAUCCUACUUACGAAGAGAUGAUUAAGGAUGCAAUAGUGUCGUUGAAGGAGAAGAACGGUUUGAGCCAAUACGCGAUUGUGAAAUUCAUUAAAGAGAAACAGAAACAGCUUCCUGGAAACUUCAAGAAGCUAUUGCUCCAAAAUUUGAAGAAGAAUGUUGCUUCUGGAAAGCUUGCUAAGGUUAAAGGUUCGUUCAAGCUUUCUGCAGCAGCUAAGAAGCCAACAGUUGCCAAGCCAAAGUCAAAACCAGGACAAAAAGUCCCAGUUAUUGUUAAUUUCUCUCAGGAUAAGUCGUGGCGUGUGCGUUACAUGGUUGCAAAUCAAUUGUAUGAGCUAUGUGAAGCUGUAGGCCCUGAACCUACCAGGGCGGAGUUGGUCCCUGCCUAUGUCCGAUUGCUUCGAGAUAAUGAGGUUGAGGUACGCAUAGCAGCUGCUGGGAAAGUGACCAAGUUUUGUCGGAUUUUAAGUCCUGAUCUUGCAAUUCAGCAUAUUCUUCCUUGUAUCAAGGAAUUUUCAUCGGAUUCUUCACAACAUGUCCGCUCAGCUCUGGCUUCAGUAAUAAUGGGAAUGGCUCCAGUGUUAGGAAAGGAAGCAACAAUUGAGCAGCUUCUUCCUAUUUUCCUAUCCCUUCUGAAGGAUGAAUUUCCUGAUGUUCGCCUAAACAUCAUCAGCAAGCUUGAUCAAGUGAAUCAGGUGAUUGGAAUCAAUCUGUUAUCUCAAUCAUUAAUACCCGCCAUUGUUGAGCUUGCAGAGGAUAGACAUUGGAGGGUUCGGCUUGCAAUUAUAGAGUAUAUACCCUUGUUGGCAAGUCAAUUGGGGGUUGGAUUUUUUGACGAUAAAUUGGGUGCUCUUUGCAUGCAAUGGUUACAGGAUAAGGUUCAUUCAAUUCGUGUCGGCUGCUUUGAAAUAGAAGAGUUCUUCUAUUGA